CUGAGAACACCGGAUGAAGCUCUAUAAGAAAUUUGAGAGAAAGUUGGGGUAAUGCACUUAUAAGUCUGCGAUCCGCCGUAAAACAAGAAGAAGACGAAGCAGCAGCAGUAGCAGAAUGUGGUGGUUUAUCUCCGAUCGUAACAGAAGAGGGUGAAACCAGAUGAAGCUCCUCAUGACUCUCAUACCCAUUUCUAACAAGCAAUCCAUCACUGAAUCGAACGAUUGUGUUCAAAAUGGAACCUCUAGUCAUAUGGAAGAGAAGGUGAGACCAGAUGAGUCACCAUCUCCUGCACUCUCACUGCUGUCUAUUAAAAAUUGAUCAGUCAGUGGAUAGACAGACUGCAUUCAACAAUGGAGCAAAGUUUCAUGGGAGAGAAGGCGAGAUCAGAAGAGGCACCAUCUCCAGCACUCUCACACCUGUCUAUGAAAAGUGAUCAGUCAAUGGAUCGCCCAAUUGCGUUCAACAAUGAAACCCCUAGUUACAUUAGUCUAAGACCAGAUGAGGCACCGUCUCCUGCAACCUCAAACUUCUCUUUAAAAAGCAACAACUCAAUGGAUCGACCGAUUGCGUUCAAAUACAGAACACAGCCUUACAGUGUUAAACGUCUGAGACAAGAUAAAGCACCAUCUCCAGCACCCUCACUCCUGUCUGUUAAAAGUGAUCAGUCAAUGGAUCGGCCAGUUGCAUUCAACAAUGAAAACCCUAGUUACAUUGGGUAUGAAAAUCGUAGACCAGAUGAGGCACCAUCUCCUGCAACCUCAUACUUCUCUUUAAAAAGCAACCAAUCAAUGGAUCGACCAAUUGCAUUCAAAGACAGAACUCAACCUUACAGUGUUAAACGUCUGAGACCAAAUGAAACACCAUCUCCAGCACCCUCACUCCUGUCUAUAAAAAGUGAUCAGUCAAUGGAUCAGCCAAUUGCGUUCAUCAAAGGAACCCCUAGUUACACUGUGUAUGAAAAUCUAAGACCAGAUGAGGCACCAUCUCCUGCAACCUCAUACUUCUCUUUAAAAAGCAACAAUUCAAUGGAUCGACCGAUUGCGUUCAGAGACAGAACUCAACCUUACAGUGUUAAAAAUCUGAGACCAGAUGAGUCACCAUCUCCAGCACCAUCAUUCCUGUCUGUAAAAAGUGAGCAGUCAAUGGACAGACCGAUCGCAUUCAGGGAUGAAGCACAGAGUUACAGGCUCAGAAGCACACUUUCAGCCACUCUGCUGACAGAGGAUCACUACAAGUGUCCAGUGUGCACAGAGGUCUUCAAGGAUCCAGUUUCCAUGCCCUGUGGACACAGUUACUGCAAACACUGCAUUGAGAUCUACUGGAGCAAGCCAACUCAAGCUGGAGCUUACGCUUGUCCUCAGUGCAGAAAGAGGUUCAGAGAUCGUCCUGUGUUGAAUGUAAAUGUGGCUUUGUCUAAACUGAUUGAGGAACUCCAGAAGGCAGGGUUUAGUCCUGCUCUUCCUGCUCACUGCUACGCUGGACCUGAAGAUGUGCCCUGUGAUAUCUGCACUGAGAUGAAGCUCAAAGCUGUUAAAUCCUGUUUGACCUGCACUGCAUCUUACUGUGAGACACACGUCAGACAACACUACACAGUACCAGCACUGCAGAGACACAACCUGGUGGAGGCUACUGUGUUAAUACAAGACAGUAAGGACACCAAGGAGAUCAAAAAGCUUGAUUUUGCAUUCAUUGAUGAGAUUUCAAGGGAUGAAAAAAUGGAAUAUUCUCAUCCAACUAAGUGCUUCUACAGUGGAUUUUCCACUAAUGAUUUGCCUAUGGAUGUAACUGAGGUUGCAGCUCUUGGUCGUCCUUUGGAUCUUGGAAUGUUGUAUGACCAGCGCAAUGAAUCUUUCAUUUCAGACAGUCAUCUUUGGGAUAACCACACUUUAACAAGUGACAGAAUAUCUUGGCCCCAACUGAAAACACAUCUAAAGGUUUUGGAAGACGACUCCCUUCAGGAGAGGUGCAGAGCAUUUGAAAUGUCACCAAUGUUGCGAGUAAAGGCUCUGUGUGGACUGAUGGAGCUAAAUGGAGCUGCAGCAUUUCUGAAUCACCCAGUUCAGUCUCGACAUCAGGACAGAGUUACAGUACACUACAAAACCACCACCAGACUGGACAUGAUCAGCCAAAGACUCUUACAGGAAGGAGCUCCUGCCUCAGUCAUUAAUGCAGCCACAGCUACACACGUGAUCAUCGCAGUGUUCUAUGGAGCCCAAGCCUUCUUUGUUUUUGAUAAUGAGAGAAUCAGCUCAGAGAAAAAUACAGAAAUGGAAAAUGUUAUCAAGAAGAUGACCACCACCCUUAGUGCAAGGGAUGUGUUUUCAAGUCUUAAUGAAAAUGAAAAGGCUAACACCAUUUUAUAUGACUGCAGUCUAUACACUGAUCUGGGUGACUGGAAGAGCCCAGCGUCUUUUGAUAAGGCGUUGGAGAUCUAUGGUUCUCUCCCAACACUGAUUGGAUCUAAAGGUGAGAGAGCAGUUCCUCUGAAGGUCUGGCUGUACCCUCUGAAGAAACUGGACAAGAGCUCUGUGCAUGUAGCUCUGAGUGGAGUCAGUGAAACCUUGAUGCAUCAAGCUGAGAACAUUCUGGAACAUCUGAGAAAACAGAUCAGAAUGUGUCAGGACAUGAUAACAGAUUAUGAUAAUCUGACAGUAAUUACUUGGUUUCCUGCUUUGACGGAAAAACUUCAGAACUUUUCAGAAUUUCUGCAAGAUUAUAGGACAGAGUUUCAGAGAAAAACUGCUAAGAUUAUUGAGUCAAAACACACCAAUGAAGAGGAGAGAGAGAAGAAUUUACAAGAACUUAUCAGUAACUGUGAUCAGUCUCCAUUCAGUCAAGAAAACACACAGCACUGGCUUGAGAAGAAGGAAACUGAGCUGGUAGUUUUAAAUGGGUGCAGAGCAGCAAACAUAACUAUUGUGAAAUCACAGGAGGAGCUUCAGCGAGUCAUCAAUGAUCCUCUGAUGAGCAGUGUGUUCUGCUUCACUUCAUCAAUGGAGGCUGAAGACUCCUUCCUCACAGUUCUCAAGCAGCACAUUGAAUUAAUGAAAAAGAGCACAUUGAUCAUAUCUAAACGCAUAAACCUAGAAGAUUCACUGCAGCCACUGAAGCCUGUUUGUAUCAAUGAGAAAGUACUUUCUGACCUAAAAGUAUUCAUUGCUGCCAAAGAGACAAAUGAAGAUCCAAAGCAAACCAAAUUCAUUGCUGCAUCUGUACCUGAUGAUGGUUAUUCAGAAUUUUCUGUGCAGUUUUAUCAUGAAGGGAGAAUUGUGAGCAGAAAUCUAAACCUUCAAAGAAAGACAGAUCUUACCCAGAUAUCUCAGAUAAAACACAACAGUGUGUCCCUAAAAAUUAAUAAAAAACAAAACGGAAAUAUUGAGAAGUAUGUCAUACAGUACAGGGCUUUAGGUGAUGGAAUGAACAACACCACAUGGAAACAGAUCAUUUUUGAUUCCAAAUCUGUUAAAGAAACCUGUGUAAUAUCAGAUCUAAAGUCAGGCAAACAGUAUCAGCUGAGGUAUUCAGUUAUUGAGCAGGACUGUAUGAGCAACUUUAGCAGAAUUAUUAACAUUAAGACAGCAUUUUCACCAAUAAAUGGACAACCCUUUGUGAAUAAGUUGAACAGAAGCACGCUCAGACUUGCCUGGUUGAAGGCUGAAACAGGAGAAGAUUGUCCAGUGCUGCGGUAUAUGGUUGAGUAUAAAGAAGCAGGACUGGAGGGCUGGUCAUCAGUACAAACACAAGGACCUGAGUGUGAAUGUACUUUAACUCUACCUCACAGCACAUGUUGUAGAGUCAGAGUCUCUGCUGUCUAUGGAGAAGGAGACACCAGCAAACCCAGUGAGGAAACACCAGUACCAGUGGAUGUCUGGAGAAUAAAGCUCUCAGAGAGAAAGAGCUCCAUCCUCCUAAAAGUGCUGAAACUCCAAACAGAGAAGAAACCAGUAGAGCUGAUAGACUGCACAGAUGAAGAGAGUGAAGUGAAGGGAUUCCUGCAGUGUCUGCCCUACAUCUCACAGCUGAGAUUUGAUCCCUUUGUUUUCUAUGAGAAGAAAAGGUCUGUCCAGUUUCUGCUGAAUCUGAUUAUUUCAGCAUCAGAGUUUGAUAAAACGACUGGUGAAAAUUACACUGAGCUGUUCACAUCUGUGUGCAGCUACACAUCUUUCCCCUUCAGUGAAAAUUACACUAACCGUCACGCUGAUCAAUGUAAUUUCCUGCUGGAUCUGUGGUCACAUGUGAAGGACUAUGAGACUCAAACAGGCAGGAGUGUCCUUCCAGCAUUACAGCCAAUUUAUCAGUCAGCUCCUGCAGUCUGGAGCAUAAAGCUCUCAGAGAGAAAGAGCUCCAUCCUCCUAGAAGGGGCGCCGUUAAGGGGGCUCUCUAAAGAUGCUCUUCAGCAGCUGGUUUCAGUGGUGUAUGAAGCACAGGAUGAUGAACUGACACGCUGCUUUCUGAAGAAGGUGUCUGAGGAUCUGACUUCCUGCUCACUGACCUGGGAUGUGAUUCAUUACCUGCUGCAACAUCAAGCUCUAAAUUUGAAGUUGGAUUUUAGAAAGAGCAAAAUCUCUUGUGAAAACAUCAGAGAACUUCUGCCGGUGUUAGACAGAAUCCAGCUGAAAUGGUUGAGCCCCAGCUUUACUCUGUCCACCAUUAUGGAGAUUUACGAAACUCGCUUUCCUCAGUAUGUGUCCAGUCUGAUGAGUUCAAUAGGAAAUGACAUCAACCUGAAUGCCAGAGUGUUGGACUCUGUUCGCUGUGCUGCCCUGCGCUUCACUCUAGAGCACUGCAACACUGUCAAACUCAAUCUGCUCUGGACCUCCAUACCAGAGGAGGAGCUAGAGAGCUUUCUGCCUUUACUCAGCAGAGUCAAACAACUCAGGUUUACUGAUAUAACAGCACUGAUAUUAUAUUAAACAUGACUGUUCUUUUGCUGCAGUUCCUCUGAUCUCCAGCAGGAGGCAGCAGAUGUUCUUCUCUCUGCUCUUCACAACACACUGGACUUCUCCUGCUGCUCUGCUCUGGAUUUAACAGACACACAGGAAAACCAAGAGCAUUUGAAACUAACUGAAAAAGACUGUAGAAUAAUCUCAUCUGUGCUUCAGAAAACUCAAAGCAUUGUGAAGUUGAUCUUACAGGACUGUGAGCUCUCUGAUGAGGCCCUGAAACAACUUUGGCCAAUCCUGCCUCAAGUCCAGCUGAGCUGUAGUAAAGCUCUGCUGCUGCAGUUUCUGGCUUGUAUUAGUAAAGAUGGAUCUCAGAGAGGCUCUUUGAGGAGCGCUGAGGCUCUUUCACAGGCUUUGGGAGGAGAGAUGGACCUCAGUCACACUCAGAUGGACCCGAGAGUUUGUGAACAGCUGGCGGUGUUUCUGGAAUAUUCUGAAGGACUGACAGAACUGGAUCUCAGUCACUGCAAACUCACUGAUCACUGCAUGGAGCCGCUGCUGCCACAUCUGCACAAACCCCAGACUCUGGACCUGAGUCACAAUACUAUCACAGAUGAAUCAGCAAAGAGAAUCCACAGAGUCGUCUGCACUCACAGCAAUAUUCAGACUGUACGACUCUUCGGAAACAAAAUCGGUGAUAGAAAGCACUUCAUCAGAGACAAGCGAUUUGAAAUAUGGUGAAGAUCCUGGGCCAGAAUCUUAUUGAUUUAACAUUAAGAGGGUAUUUUGUAUAAGGCUUGAUUUCAUGAUGAAAAAAACUGACAGUCACUUUGCAAAGCACUAAACAGUGUUCUGUGUAGUAGUUUAUUUUUAUGAUUAAUUUAAAAUAAUAGCUUUAUAUCUUUAGUGCAGCUUUGGUUAAUUUGAACCAGAUUUAUAUAAAUGAAAUGUUUAUUAUAUUACAAAGCUAUGACGAUGUAUAUUUUGCAAUGUGUUAGGCAAGAGUUAUGGUUUGGGUAUGUAGUGCUACUAGGUAUUGAUGUGUCUUCACUGGCUACCGUUCACCGCUCACAUCAAGUUCAAGACCGCCACAGGCUCCUCGCUCUCUUAAAAAUCGACCUCCACUCCUGCUGUUGGUGGGUGAGCAACACCUUGUGCUUCUACAACACUGGCACAAAGUCACUUUCCCAAACAUUCAUGUUCACCGUUCCUUGCUGGUGGAAUGAUCUUCCCAAUCUUACCCAGACAGCCUAAUACUGUAUUCAAGAAACGAAGUUUUUUUUCAGUGAGCACUUAACUGUGGAUGUUGACUGGAAAAAAUAUUUCUAUGCUUUAUAUUACUGUUACUGUUAUUACCUCCACAGGAUGAAUCUUUGCUAAACUCCUGAUUUUUUUUUUU